AGUAGCCAUCUAUCGCUCACACAGUUACACAAAACCCGUCGGCCGUCGCCAUGGCUUCCCGUGCACAGAGGAAGAUGACAAUUGUUUGCUUGAUGCUGCUGGCCGUCGUCGGCCAAAUCAUCGUCGGAAUGGCCGUAGAACAUCCCAAUCCCAGCAACAUCUGCACCGAAACGGUGAUUGAUCCUCGUGUUCCCAACAACGAGUGCAUCUGCUCCAAGAACUGCGCCUGUGCCGGUAAGUGCAUCCUUGAGUCGGCUGAUGCUGUCCAGACCUGCUUUGUCGACUGCGUCCUCAAGAACGACUGCAUCUGCAGCAGCAAGAUCAUCCCCGGCGCUGACGACCCAAAGGCUAAUGCCAAGUGAAGUAGUACUAUCAUCCCAAAUAAUGUCCUACGUAUAGUACCUGCUGAAUAAACCUCCCAUGCACCAACAGGGAGAGAGUCUGUACGUCUUCUUUGUAA